AUGUCCAGCACCAAAGAAGCUCCUGAAAGCUAUCUGGCUAUCUUACCUCCGUCGUCUGAGCAACAUUACGAUGACCUAUUUGACAACUUCGGGAUCAAAUCUGACGAGCGUCGAACGCUGGAACUACUCGAUGCGUUGGCUGGAAUAUGUGUCUCGCAAGGAGAGGGGGAAGUCUAUGCAUCGGCAAUGGAGACCAGUCCCGAAACAUGUACAAUUUUCAUCAUUGGGAAUUACGAAGAGAUCCCACAAGUAACACAAGACUACCUAAAUGACGUUUGUCGCCAGCUCACGGACGUAGCACAUCUCGCGGAUACUGCAGGACUGCCUAGGCCAAAGAUAGCCGAUCUCUCUCCAAGGACUAAAGAAUGUAUCGACAACAUCCUCACCACUGUGACUUCAUUCACAUUUGACAAGUUUUUGACUCGGCUUACGAAGUGGAAAGGCCCGUGGCUCAAGCGAUGGGCAGGUAUUGAUCAUCAACUUGCGGAUGGAGCCGAGAAGAACAAGUUUCAGGACUUAACGCAUGCUCUCAAUCGCCUAUACGAGGUUUCCACUCCUCAUGUGAGGCAUGUAAAGACGGUGGUCGGGGUUCUCGCUUCAAUAUCUCGAAGUUGGAAAUUGAGCGAUCGAAACACAUCAGCGUUUAUACGUGGGCUCGAUCUUCUACCCACGUCUGAUACGACGGACGCGCCAUUCUUCAUCGAGCGAUAUCUACGCAAAGUCUUGAAGACGUUCAAUGAAACAUCGAAGUUGAUCCGCUUCGCGGUAUCGCCUCGACGUGGCCACAUAUUCAGAAACCAGCCCAAACUCGUAUUUCUGCGCUCUGAAAGACGUCAUGUAGAACUGGACAUAAAGACGGCAAUCAAGACGGUUGAACAUCACAUGGAAACCAUUGACCCAGAUAGAGUAUAUUUUGACCAAUCCAUCAAUAACGAGGAAGAGCAGCUCACUUACUGCCCGCAUUGUGAAUGCGCGAUGCUGGCGACACUCCUGCAACAAAGACCUUCUCCGAUUAUCGGGGUUUCGAAACUAUCUUGCUUUGGCUGCCGCUUAUAUUUCAUCGCUUACAGGAUGGCGCGAAUUUUUCAAUCAGGAGGAAUUGACCUGCCUAAGGAGUUUGUCGUGACUAGGGCAUCUAACACUCUAUGCCUACCAUGGGUUUCUCCAGACUUGACAUCUAUUGAUCCUGAUCUACACUCUGAGGUCCAGCAACAGCUGUUGAUAUUAACACGAGGGGCGGCUAUAGAGCAUGCAUUAUCACUUGAUCAAUGCUCGGAAAGCACCACGUAUUGGUUAGAGGGAGGUGUGGCCCCGAUUGUGAACUUGUCUCUUGGCAUGUUGAGCACGCUCGAUUUCUUGUCAUGGUUGCUUAUCAAGUCUUUCUUAGAGGAUAUUGAGAGGAACUGGAUGGCUAAAAUGAACAUAUCAUCUUAG